AGUAUAUAAAGAGAGACACUCAGGCAGUGUGUCAGAGUGUGUGUGUGUUUCACGCUGAGGGACUGGUGUGUGUGUGUACAGAAGAAUCAGUAAUGAUGAAGUGCUUGUAUCUUUUGUCUGUCGUGUUUCACGUGGCUGCAGGCUGUUAUCUCUCUGCUAACAGUAAAGAUGUUUAUAAUGGCCUCCAAGGAGGUUCAGUUCUGUUACUCUGCUCCUGCUCUGACCUGAACACCAAACCUCAGACAUUCACCUGGAUGACCUUCAGAACAGGAUCUCCGACUGACGUGUUAAAUGAUGAACACUACCGUGGCAGACUUCAGCUGUUUAAUAACAUUUCUCCUGGUAAUCUGUCUCUGUUCAUAUCUGACCUGAGAGAAGAGGAUCAGGGAGUCUACAGGUGCAGCACUGAGAAGAAACACAGAGACAUCAGGAUUAAUGUUAAAGGCUGUGAUCUCUCUGGUGAUAAUGACCUGGUAGAAAUCACACAACACCAAGGAGGUUCAGUUCUGUUACCCUGCUCCUGCUCUGACCUGAACACCAAACCUCAGACAUUCACCUGGAUGACCUUCAGAACAGGAUCUCUGACUGACGUGUUAAAUGAUGAACACUACCGUGGCAGACUUCAGCUGUUUAAUAACAUUUCUCCUGGUAAUCUGUCUCUGUUCAUAUCUGACCUGAGAGAAGAGGAUCAGGGAGACUACAGGUGCAGCACUGAGAAGGAAUACAGAGACAUGAAGAUUAAUGUUAAAGCUUAUAUUUCACAUGGACUUUUCACCAUGCAGUGGGCUGUGAUCUCUCUGGUGAUAAUUAUCAGGUGUUUAAUGGACACCAAGGAGGUUCAGUUCUGUUACCCUGCUCCUGCUCUGACCUGA